GGCGAAGGACGCCCCGCGCUCACCUGUGUACUCCUGCUGUUACUACCGCCCAGACCGAUUCACACCCGCAAACCCUGCCGGAGCCGCAAUGGGCGCACUCCUGCUGGCUGCUCUGGGUCUCCUGCUGGCCGCCGCUGACGCGGAUUUCACGGUCAAUGUUCUCGGUGAAUCCGAUGGCCUGGUCACUGGACAGCUCUCCGACUCGGUGAUUCUCAGUCUGCCUCCCUGCUCCCUCGCCGGGAACACCGUCAACAUGGUGUAUCAGCAGGGCGGCACUCAGAACAAGGUCAACUUGACUGGCAUAUUCAAGGUGCCGGUGUGCCGGUUCAAGAGGGACCUGAUCACUGUCAUUGCAAACAGUGGCCAGUUCACGGUCACCAGGAACAUUGGCUACCAGGUGAAGAAUCUCAGCCCUGCCACAAACUACACGUUCCAAUAUUUUGUUGGAAGUGAGAAGAGCAACGCUGUACAAGCUGCCACCAGGACAGUCUCGAAUUACCAGGACAUCGACGACGGGCUGCCGGCGCGCAGUGGGGCCAUGGUUGUCAUCACGGUCCUGCUGUCCGUGGCCAUGUUCAUUCUGAUAGUCGGACUGAUAGUCACCCUCGUGCUGGCACACUGUAGGAACUGAGACAACAACCGGCAAAGCAGAACCACUGGACCGGCUCUGGACCGGCUGCUUCGUGUGCAGACAGUUCUUCUGUUCUUUUGACCAGCGAUACUCUUCUGCUCUUGUUUUCUGGGGGUCUAAAUAUUUCUAAAUGUGUAACUUUCCUAACGAUGAUAUUGCCUUUGUUAAUAUUAAUUAAGAUCCACCGUUUGGCCUUGUGUGAACAGUGCAGGAAAGGCUGCUGGGGAGAUAAACGUCAGUGGAGCUCUGGCACAAAAAACUAACCACCUGGAACCUUUUAAAAGCUGACAUUUCAGUUUUCAGCCACUCGCUCAUAUCCCAUCUUCCCAACUAGACUGGGUUUACAGCGCUGUGAACGACAUUGUCAUGUGUUUAUAGGCGUGUUGUUUAAUAACCCGGCAUAUAUAGUGGACUAUGAUUUGUGAGCAUAAUAUAAUCACGUUUUAUGUAAGAACUCAUUUUCAUUUCAAGAUUGCUUCACAAAGCCUUGCUACCACAAGGCUUAGUAAAAGGAUUUGAAUGAAAUGUAUUUUAAGUCUUCACUUGAGUUUACUCUCUGCGGUGCAGUUUUACAUGGGGUGCAUAUUUUUUUCAUUGCACGCUUUGCGAACUGGGACGCAGGCCGAUGCAUCCACAUAGAUUACAUAGUUUGGUCGAAAUUCCAUUUUAAGGAGGGUCUUUGAUAAUCAAUAUUCCAUGGGCAGACUGUAUUUUAGGUCUGAUAGCCACUUCAUGUUUGUAGUUUUAAUCUGUUGCAGGUUGUAUUGGUCAAAGUCCAUUGUAGAAUUUUUAUUGUUUUUUACAUUGUGUUUUAUAUAUUCAGGUCUUUCUGCAGAAUGCUUUUUGGCGUGUUGACUGAGCUCUGUGGAUUUUUUCAAGACAUAAAAUUACUAUUUCAAGAUUUAUUUUGGUCCAUAGUGUGGAUCUUUGCAUACCAUUAGGUGUUGGAUUUUGCUAUUUAUUACCAGCUAACUUGUGAACUAGUUGGAUUGGCAUGCACUUCUGUUACUCUUCAACAUGGGUAUUCAGGAGAAAGUCAGAACAGCCCUUGGCCUUAAGAUGUUAAAUGGUGUUGUAUGUACCAAAGGACAUUCAUUGUGUUAUAUUUCCUGUGAAUGCAAUCAAAAUUAUCUUACAAAUAAAGGUAGAAAUAAAACUAAAAUUAUA